AUGGCGCGGCGACAUCAUCUUACGCUGUCCCUGGCGUUGGCCUUUCUCAUCCUGUUCAGCGUAUCAUAUCUAUUCCGAUCAAGCGCCUCAUUCUCAGCCUACCCAACGUUCCCAGGCCAGGACACACCCCGAACCGCAGAUGGCCAGGAUGGUUUCCAAGUUGACUUGGGUGAUUUGCCCGCGGGCAUUCUGGAGGGUGGAUCUAUCGCUCCCAAACUCGAGAAUGCGACUCUGAAGGCUGAGCUCGGCCGCGCGACAUGGAAGUUCCUCCACACGAUGGCCGCCCGAUUCCCCGAGAAGCCGACCGAGAGCGAUCGCCUUGCCCUCAAAUCCUUCAUCGGCCUCUUUGGCAGACUCUACCCAUGCGGCGACUGCGCCGAGCACUUCCGGAAGGUGCUGGCCAAGAACCCCCCUCAAACCUACGACCGCAACGCUGUUGCCGGGUGGCUCUGCUAUGUGCACAACAUUGUCAACAAGCGCUUGAAGAAGCCCGAAUUCGACUGCAACAAGAUUGGCGACUUUUAUGACUGUGGCUGUGGCGAUGAGGACAAGAACAAGGAGAAGGGCGCGGACAAGGCGUCGCCGCAGCUUGAACUCGAGAAACCGUAG